AUGCCGGAGCAUUCGGAGAACGCGGCGGCGGACCUGAUGGGUAACAUCAUGGAGACCAUCGCGGAGAACCUCCCAAAGCAGAAGUCGGUCCGGUUCGACGACGGCUCCUCCAUCUCCGAGCAGGCCAAGAAGCUGUUCGGCGGCGGCGAGAACAGGAAGAAGUCGGUCCACCACGUGCUGGGCGGCGGGAAAUCCGCCGACGUGCUGCUGUGGCGGAACAAGAAGAUCUCGUCCAGCGUGCUGGGCGUGGCGACGCUGGUGUGGGUCUUCUUCGAGUGGCUGGACUACCACUUCCUCACCAUCCUCUGCUUCCUGCUCGCGCUCGGCAUGGCCGUCCAGUUCGCCUGGGCCACUUUCGCCGCCGUGCUCAGCAAAGGGUCCCCUUCCAGCGUGCCUCGCGUGCAGCUGCCGGAGGAGCUGUUCGCGAACGCCGGCGCGGCCGCCGGCGCCCAGUUGAACAGGACGCUGGGCUACCUCCAGGACGUGUCCUGCGGACGAGACCUCAAGCAGUUGCUCAUCGUGAUCGCCGGGUUCUUCGCGGCGGCCAUCGUCGGCAGCUUCUGCAACUUCCUGACGGUCAUCUACGUCGGGUUCGUGUGCGCGCACACGCUGCCGGUACUGUACGAGAGGUACCAGGACCAGGUGGACGACUUCCUGUACAACAUUCUGGGCGUGGUGCAGAGCCAGUACCGCAAGCUGGACACUAAGGGCAUCCUCAAGGGCGGCGUCAGCAAGUUCAGGAAGAGCGACUAG